UGAGCUAACCAUGCGGGGCCCACGUCUCCUAAACCCCAAUUCGAACCGGGCCUCUCUACCUGCACUGCAUCUGCUUUGCUCGCCCCUGCGCUCCGCUCCCAAAUUGAAUCCGCUCCGCUCCCCAGGGCGCCGUGCCUCUCCCUCCCUGCGAUUUCUCUUCUCCAUUCGCCUCGGCCCCCGCGCGCUCCCAAACCCACCACCAUGGCUGGAGACCCGCCCAGCCACCGCAAGCGCAAGGCUCCGGUCGCUGCCGUAGCCGCGGAGGACGAGGCGGAGGCGGAGACCCAGGAGCUGAGGAGGGAGGUGGAGGAGCUGGACGAGGGGCUAGCCGAUCUGGACCGCCGGAUCCUCGAGCACCUCCGCGGCACCUCCACCCGCCUCGCCAACGCUGCCGUCGCCCGCCUCGUCGCGCUCCGCCCACUCGCCCGCCUUGAAUCUCCAACAGCAGAAACAUCAAUUGCUGAAGAAGAGCAGCUAGAAAAGCUAAACAUCCUCAAAUCCAAGGUUGAGGCUAAUAUUGCGUAUUUGCCUAAGGUGCUUGACAAAAUGAAAGAAUCUGUUGCUAGGUGCGAAAAGACUGAGAAUUUGAAUGUGAAUAUCCAUCCUGUUUUUCGAAGAAAAUGCUUGUAGAGUCUGACAUGUCGUGCUUGAGACUGGUUGAUUCAGCAUGAUGUAGCCAGGGACUGAUUACUGACAGAACAGCAAUAAGUAGAUGUUGGAUGUACUGGGUUUUGUAAUUGAUCAGAUAGCAUUGGACCUAAGCUCUCUGGUUUUGGCACUGACCAUUUUGUUGCGUGAAAUAUCAUAACAUCGCUAUUCAGAGGAAGCUACUUGUAAGUUGAAAGUGGAACAUAAAGAUUCAGCAGAACUGCAGAAAUAUUGGGCAAGACUCGUGGCGUUUUCCAAAAGGCAGAUUGUAUGGCCUCGCCAAAAGGCCUGUAUGUUUUAUUGACUUUGGAUUGUAGCUCUGGAAAGGACUAUUCUCCAAAAAAGCUGACAUCCUAGCUCUUGAAUUGAAUUCUGGUGCUGAGAAAGCUCUUGACUGAUAGUUUUGGAUUUGAAAUUCUAGUGGCAGAGCUAGUUUUUUUAUUUGAAUGAAAUUCUAUUAUCACAAA